CUCACAUUGAAUGAGCGAGGAGAGAGCAGCAUCUUGCUGCAACCUUGCUACAAUUGCUUCGUCCAAUCAACACACACGCACACAGCUCACGCAAUUUCUGUCACCCUCCCGGCACUUGUUAAAGCUCUUCCCCUAAUUGUCACUCCAUUUCCACUCUCCUCGACUUUCUGACUUGAGAUUGUGGAGGAGUGAGGAGGAUGAGCAGCGCAGAGAGCAGCGACAUGCAGCUGCUGGAGAUUUCCCGGCGAGCUCGAAAACUGGCACAGAUGAUCAACUCGUUGUUCAAGGUGCAGAAUUUCGAUGGGAGAAGCAAGCGCGUCCCCAGCGGCGUCCUUCUGGAGGAUUCUUUGAGCGUGACGGCCAACGCGAAGGAGGAGGAGAAGGUAGAGGUGGGGAGAAAGCUCGGAGCAGAGGAAGGUGAGCAAUUCGGGAGCUGCUCCUGGAGGAGCUGCUGCCAUGAAGAGGAGGAGGAGGUCAAGAAGGUGAUCAGAGAGAGCUUGCUGUUGAGCUCUCGCGAAGACGACAAAGCAUCUUCUAGCAGAUCGUUACGGUCCUACAUCAGAAGCGGCGAAUUCGGCUCGUCGUUCCGAGAGGAGGAGGAGGAGGAGGCGAUAGAGAUCAAGAAUCCAGAGAAGAAUUUACGACGACCUCAAGGAAAGAUGGCAACUCCCAAUUUGACCGCAAGGCUCAUGGGCCUGGAAGAGCUCCCUGCAAGAGAAACAGCCACCGCCACCGCCACCGCCGCCGCCGCAGCCGCAACCAAGGUCAAGCCCGAGAGGGAGAGUCCAAGCGUGUCUCGCGACGGUGCGCUGGAGAGAGUGACUCUGCUGAGCAUCAUCGAGCGAGAGAAGGCUGCGAAGCUUGAUGGCUCCAGUUUCUCAGACGCCAAUUUCUGUGCGAUAGCGAUGCAAAAACCAACUUGGGGCCGCGAAGAAGAGGAACAAGAGCCCUUGAACUCCUCCAGUAGAUUGAAGAAGGACAAUAUCGAGCACCAACCAUUGCCUCAGGCGAAGAAAACUACAGCGACGUCGAGUGCAAAGAGCAGUAUGAACCACUCUGUAACAAGUCCUGGAAAGAAAUUAGCUACUGGAGUAAAACCAGCACAAAAGAUUAAUGCCAAACUCAAGACUUCCAGCGAGAAAGUUGAAGGGACGAGUAAGGGAGAAGAUGAUGCGUCAGUAAUGGUAAUGGAUAUUUCACCUGCUCAGUCUAACAAAGACAGCUCGCGACCUUCCAAUAAUGAGCAUUCCGAUAAAGAUGGGAAGAUCGACUGCGAAAUCAGGGCCAAAACCAGCCAAUUUGUUGGAGCAAGUCGCCGCCCUUCGGAUUCCAUCAACAACCGCCUUGGCAACGCUAAUAAAAGAGUUGCAGGCGAGGUGAAGAAGCAUCUUGACAACUCGCUCCUCGAAGCUUGCCAGCUGAGCACUAUUUAUGAAGCGACAAGCACCAACGCAGAAACCACCGAUUUGUACCUGGGCUGCGCACGCGAGUUGUUACAGCGCAGAAGACGAUAUCAGGAGCUGCUGGCGCACCAUCCUCGGUUCGCGACUAGCUCGUCUGGGCGUGGAUCGUCGACGCAUGAUCUGGCAGGGGAGAUCUGCAAGGGAAUCAGGAAGCUAAUUGGGGAGUACAGUGUGGUCAUUGGACAUGGACAUGGCAGUGAGAGGGAUGGUCUUUACGUGAAGCUGGAGAGGGACCUGGAGUGCAAAGAUGUGGCUCUGAAUGCCGUGUGGGACGAUGGGUGGAGGGCCGGCCUGGGAGGGGAGGCAGCGGCGGAGGUGGUCGGCCAGCUCGAAGAGAUGGUGGUGGCUGAGUUGAUGGAGGAGGUGGCCUGGCCAUGGGGUUGAACGCAUGCAUGUAACUAAUUAAGGUGGAGGAAUGAAUGUACCUUUGUAAUUGGAGAGGUAGUCGCUCAGGUACUUUUCCAGGAGUCCGAUCAUGCUCGAAUUCUUCGCCAUCCAUGUUCAUCAAUAUUUAUUUCUCAAAACAUAGAGUUAACUUUCCAA